AUGGCGGUGAAUCCGCAGCAGUUUGAGGAGCCCUUUAAUGCAGAUGACUACAUUGAAAGGUUGGUAUGGAGGACUCCUGGAGGAGGAUCCAAAGGAGGGGCUGAGACAUUUGACCCCAAAAGGCUGUUGGAAGAGUUUGAGAAGCACAUAGAAGACCUGAAACAACUAGAUGAAAGGAUCCAGAGGAAGGUGGAGAAGCUUGAGCAUCAGUGUCACCGCGAGGCUAAGGAAUUUGCUCACAAAGUGCACGACCUUCAGAGAAGCAAUCAGGUGGCCUUCCAGCAUUUCCAGGAGCUCGAUGACCACAUCAGCUAUGUAGCAACCAAAGUUUGUCACCUUGGCGAUCAACUAGAAGGCGUCAACACACCUCGUCAGAGGGCUGUGGAAGCUCAGCGUCUGAUGACCUACUUCAAUGAGUUCCUGGAUGGAGAUCUGCGCAGUGAUGUUUUCCAUAACCCCGAAAGGAUUAAGGAGGCUGCUGAUAUCAUUCAAAAGCUGCAUCUCAUUGCCCAGGAGCUGCCGUUCGACAGAUUUGCAGAUGUCAAGGCAAAAAUUGCAAGCAAGUACCAUGAUUUGGAGCGGCAGUUAAUCCAAGAGUUCACCGCUGCCCAACGCAGGGGUGAAAUCGGCCGUAUGCGGGAAGUGGCGGCAGUUCUACUACAUUUCAAGGGUUAUGCGCACUGUGUGGACGUCUACAUCAAGCAGUGUCAGGAGGGCGCCUACAUGAGGAAUGAUGUGUUUGAGGACACUGCAAUCCUCUGCCAAAAGGUCAACAUACAGGUGGGCGAGGUCUUCAGCAGCCCAGAAACCGUUAUGACCAAACUCAUCCAGAAUAUCUUUGAGAACAAACUACAGGCCCACGUUCGAGAAAAACUGGAUGGGACUCGACACUCUGAUGUGGAACAGUACCUUAAGAACCUCUACGACCUUUACACAAAGACCACAGCACUGGCUGGCAAACUGACUGAGUUUAACUUGGGUUCUGACAAGCACACUUUCUUGUCCAAGUUGAUAAAGACCAUUUUUUCCUCAUACCUGGAAAGUUACAUUGACAUGGAGAGAGAAUACCUUCGCACUCGAGGUGCAAUGAUCCUACAGCGUUACUAUGACUCCAAGAAUCACCAGAAACGCUCCAUUGGUACUGGCAGUAUCCAAGAUCUGAAGGAGCGCAUCAGACAGCGCACCAACCUUCCCCUAGGUCCCUGCAUUGACACCCAUGGGGAGACGUUCCUGUCACCAGAGCUGGUGGUCAACCUGUUACAGGAGACACGCCAUGCUUUUGAACGAUGUCACAAGCUUUCAGAUCCAUCUGACCUGCCGAAGAACGCCUUCUCAAUCUUCCUGCUACUGGUUGACCACCUGUGUGUGGAUCACAUCGAUUACGCGCUAGAGAUCGGACUCUCAGCUAUCCCCUCAUCAGAUGCUAAGAACGCCAACCUGUACUUUCUGGAUGUGGUUCAGCAGGCAAACUCAAUUUUCCACUUAUUUGACAAACAGUUCAAUGACCAUCUCAUGCCACUUAUAAGCUCGUCUCCAAAGUUGGCCGAGUGUCUGCACAAGAAGAAGGAGGUGAUUGAGCAAAUGGAAGUAAAACUGGACACAGGAAUUGACAGAACAUUAAACUGUAUGGUGGGUCAAAUGAAGCACAUUUUGACAACAGAGCAGAAGAAGACUGAUUUCAGGCCCGAGGAUGAGAACAACGUCAUGAUCCAGUACACCACGGCCUGCUCCAAGGUAUGUUCCUACAUCAGUCGACAGGUGGAGCACGUGCGGAAGUCCAUGGACGGGAAGAAUGUGGACACAGUGCUGACGGAGCUGGGUGUCCGUUUCCACCGGCUCAUCCAUGAGCACCUACAGCAGUACAGUUACAGCUCAAUGGGAGGCAUGCUGGCCAUCUGCGAUGUGGCUGAGUACCGACGAUGCGCCAAGGACUUCAAGGUCCCCCUGGUCUUACAGCUCUUUGACACACUCCACGCCCUUUGUAACCUCCUGGUCGUUGCCCCUGACAACCUCAAGCAGGUGUGUUCAGGAGAACAGCUCACCAAUCUGGACCGGAACCUCCUGCACGCUUUCGUCCAGCUAAGAGCCGACUACCGUGCUGCCAGACUGGGCCGACACUUCAGUUAAUGAAUGAUCAAACGCCUUGCUGUCCUCCAUCCAAGAACCCUGUCCCUCACACUUGGAGAUGAUCCCUGCUUCAGAGAAUGAAUCUGUCCUCAGUAGACGGUAUGUCUGGCUCCAGCCUCCCUGAAGUGCGUUGUUGAGGUAAAGGCCGCUGCUCCAUUAAUGUGGGAUGUUUGAAUUUUACCCCCUAAUUGAUUUCUCUGAACUGAAGGCAUUAAAAUGUCUAAUUGCAUAAGAUUUAGAUUUUUUUUUUUUUAAGUACUAAUCCAUCACCUGUCCACAACAUUAUCAUUAAAUGGGCACUUUUUUGUGUGUACGAGUAUGUGUUAAUAUUUGUUUUGUUUUUGAUUGUGCCAAAAACUAUAAAUUCUGCGGAUGCACUUGUGCACAUGAAAAGACUCUUGGACUGCUGUAAAGGGAGACAUCAGGCCCUCCGUCUUACUGUUUAAAUGGGAGUGGAUUCCCUUCGUGAUGAACUGCAGAGGACCCAACGGCCAUGGCUCCACCAAGCACGUGACAGGGCUCUGUCUAGUGGAGAGGCAUAUGACCACCUCGCUAACCUAUGACCUCUGACUACAGGAAAGAGGUCAAGAGACCACUACAGACAAGUGCGACGUGAACUAUAAACAGGUCUGAGAACCUCUCUGGAGAUUUGGGUGGUCCUAUUUGGGGUCAGAUGACUGUUGCGAUGGGUCACUGAGUGUGUCACUGUAAUUGCACAAAUCAACACUUUGCUCAUCCAGCGGCACACACAAUCCCGAGCCUAGUCCUGCAGCGUUUCCGGGUCAGGGCACACUGAAAGGAUGAAUCAAACCGGAGAGGGCUGCUUCACACAGAGCUUAUUGGACAUUCAGUUAAUGUAGUACACACUUAAAAAA